AAUUUGACCGAAACCACAAAAUAAGAGAGAGAGAGAGAGAGAGAGAGAGAGAGAGAGAGAAGAAGGAGAAGAAGAUACAAGCGACGAGUGAGGUGAAAGCACUCUCGGAGCAGUUCUGUAACGGUUCCGUACGAAAACCGACAGAACAUGCCCGUUCGACCAAAUGAGCAAUUUUAUAGUUCACUCUUUGUUUCAAAUUUGUACCAAGAAAUAUCAUGAAUUUAUAGAGUCUAACCAAAUGUAGAAAGAGCCGUACAUGAAUGAAUCUUGAAAAACGUGCAAAAGCACAAGAUUUUCCUAGCUGCCACGAAUUUCCACCACCACCACACAAACAGCAAAAGAAAAUAUGGCCAAGGGAAAGAAAGAUCCCACCCCAAUCAUCAUCUAUGGCUCUUCUUCCUUCCAUUUCCCAUAUCUCCUCUAAACGCUGUCUUCAAUUUCUUCUACGUCCUCUUGACAACCCCAUUUCUUUUUCUUCACGAUCUUUCAGCUCACUGACUCCAUUCAAGCUGCGCCUGAACCACGGAAGCAGAAACUCCAAGCUCUUCUCUGUUUCUUGCAGGUAUUUCAUGGAUGAAGAUGAUGAUGAUGAUGAAGAGGACGCUGAAGAUCACAGCUUUGACGAAGCAGUUGCUCUAUUCAACGGCGGAGAUUACUACACAUGCCAUGACUAUCUGGAAGCUCUAUGGCACGAAGCUGAAGACCCUACCAAAACUCUGAUUCAUGGUAUUCUGCAAUGUGCUGUAGGAUUUCAUCACCUCGUCAACCAGAACCACAGAGGAGCAAUGAUGGAGUUAGGAGAGGGCCUUUGUAAGCUAAGAAAAAUGGAGUUUCAGACCGGGCCGUUUCAUCAGUUUGAGAAAGACAUUUCUGCUGUUCUGGAUUUUAUAUUCCAGACACAGAUAGAAUUAGCUGCUUGUGGUGAUGAUAUGUGUGUAACAAUGGAUCAAUCAGAAAGAUCUUACCAACUUCUUGGGGAAUAUGGUGCAGGACAACGUGUGUAUGAUCUCGAACUUGGUCAUGAUGCCUCGGUGUACAUAGUGUUCUGUCCGCGAGGCUCUUAUGCUGCCAUUGAACCACCAAGGGUCAAGCUUCCCAAACUAAAGGCCACCACAGAACAUCUUGUGGCCUAUGGGUAUCGGUGAGGGAGGGGGGAAAUCUCUCAUCAAUUACAGAUCGUUAAAACAAAUUGGUAAUUUCAAACGUAUUAGCUGCGUUUUAUUUCAAUGGCCUCUAUGAUCAAAGGUCUGGCGUGAUAGAAAUAAACCAGUGUAGAUAUGAUAAACCAUCUCUUGUUCGUGUGAGGGUGAAGAUAAUCUCUUUCUUGAA